GACAGACAGAUUGACACGAAUAACAGUAUUUCUCAAGGUCAAUUCGACAAACCGAAAUCGAAAUCAAAACUAGCGAUCUUACUUAUACAAAUACAAAACAAAAACUACAACAAAUUUUGCCAAAAGUAUUAUUUUCAUGUAAAUUUAAAUGAACAACGUUUAACCAAAGCCAAAUCAAUAGCAACGCACAUAGGUACAUACAUAUUUAUGUAUGUGCAUUUAUUAAAAUAAAAUUUUACGAAAAUUAAAUAAAAAGUAAAAAUAGUGAUGAAGUCAAUUUUAAGUUCGCGCUUCCUUCCAUUUGGGGCGUUUGUCGUUCUGAAUCUUUGCGUUCGCUCCAACAUCGCGCGCACCAUUUUCAGCACCGGCAAUGCGAUACAAAGUAAUCUGUACGAGUACAAUUAUUCAGAGCCUGUAACCUGUCAAAUCUAUUGCCAUGGACCGCUGCUGCAUACUGUACAAAUGGCACAUCUUUACAAGGACUCCAAAACUUUUGUCGACAUGAAGCUGAAGAAUCUGCCGAAUAAAACAUUGGAGGAAUUCGAUGCAUUUAUGCUUGCCAAGAAUAAUACACCUACCGAAACGGAAAUACGUGAUUUCGUUGAUACACAUUUCGAAGAGCGCGGUAAAGAAUUCGAGGCAUGGAUACCUAACGAUUGGAAGGAACAUCCGGAAUUUUUAGAUGCCAUCAACGAUCCUGAUCUCAAGCAAUGGGGCUCUGAUUUGAAUACAAUUUGGAAGAAUUUGGGCCGCAAAAUGAUUGAAGAUGUACACAAAAAUCCGGAAUACUAUUCCAUAAUACCAGUCGAUAAUCCCGUUAUCGUACCAGGUGGUCGCUUCAUUGAAUUCUACUAUUGGGACUCUUAUUGGAUCAUACGCGGUUUGCUCUAUUCGGAGAUGUACGAAACAGCACGUGGCAUGAUCGAAAACUUUUUGUCCAUUGUACUAAGAUUUGGUUUCAUACCUAACGGUGGUCGCAUAUACUAUUCACAUCGUUCACAACCGCCUCUAUUGACGGCUAUGGUUAAGGCUUAUGUCGAAUUCACCAAAGAUUACAGUUUGGCCUUGGACUCCUUGGAUGUUUUGGAACAUGAAUUUGAGUAUUGGAUGAAUAACCAUACCGUGCAAGUGAAAGGCUUUGAUGUUGCCAUUUAUCGUGAUAACUCCACCGGUCCACGACCAGAAUCCUAUCGUGAAGAUAUCGAGACUUCGCAAGCUUUUACCACCGACGAAGAGAAGGAACAACACUACUCCGAGCUAAAGGCUGGUGCAGAAUCUGGCAUGGAUUUCAGUUCUCGUUGGUUUAUCAACGAAAAUGGCACAAACGAUGGUAAUCUAACAAAUUUGAAGACACGCUCCACUGUACCGGUUGACCUAAAUGCGAUACUCUAUUGGAAUGCGCAAAUCAUUUCGGAAUUCCACGAGAAGGCAGGCAAUGCAGAAAAAAGUGCUGAAUAUAAAAUCAAGGCUGCAAAGAUUUUUGAGGCUAUCCAAGCUGUUCACUGGAACGAGGAAGCUGGUGUUUGGUUGGACUAUGAUUUGAUUAACCAGAAACCACGCAAUUACUUUGUGCCCACCAAUUUGGCACCACUCUGGACAGGUGCAUUCAAUGCUUUGAAUUCACAACAAAUUUCGGCAUCUGUUCUGAAGUACAUUGAGAAAUUGAAAUUGGACAGUUAUCCUGGAGGCGUACCGAAUACACUCGAAAAUACAGGCGAACAAUGGGACUUUCCAAAUGUUUGGCCACCAAUGCAGUACCUGCUCGUUAAGGGCUUGGAGAAUUUGGGCACCGCUGAAUCAAAGAAUCUCUCAGAAAAAUGGGCCCAGCGAUGGGUGAAAUCAAAUUUCGAGGCCUACAAACAAACACAGACAAUGUUUGAAAAGUAUGAUGCAACACGUUUCGGCGGUCAUGGUGGCGGUGGUGAAUAUGAGGUGCAAAAAGGCUUUGGUUGGAGCAAUGGUGUUAUUAUAGAGUUCCUGGCGAAAUAUGGCGGAGAGCUGUCACUUUCAAAUAGUGCGACACAAACAGUAUCGCUUAGUACAAUUUUUAGUUUAACUGUUGCGUUGGCGAUCUCGCUGUUUGGCACAUUGCUGGGCCAAUCACUGUGGUAAGAAAUAUAUGACAAACGAGAUUGCAUCUAGGACCAUGACUUGCUGCGUUACUUACACAUACACUUACAUGUUUACAUUUGCAGUACGAUAUGUGCUGCAUUCCAGCGACAUGCAUUAAUUUAUAUAUGUAGAGUUUAAACAUAUUUUAAGUUUUAUUUCAACAUGCUCUUUAUGCUAAUUAUGCUUAUAAUUUUGUUUUGUUUUUAAUAAAAUAUAUAUAUAUAUGUAUAAUGUUGGCAAUAGUUUAUUAGCAAUGCUAGAAUUUUCUUUCCAUAAAGCAAAAAUAAAACCAAGUUGUUACUCU